UGGCCCGUGUGGCCUUUCUCUCAUCGCUGUCAGAGAGAGAGAGAGAGAGAGAGAGAGAGAGGGAGAGGGAAAGAGGGAGAGAGAGGGAGGGAGGCAGGACUAGUCUGUAAUGCGUGCUGCAGCUUUGGGGGGGGACAGGCACAGUGUGAGUUUGAGCCUGUGAGCCUUUGGACUUCGGGACUUUUUUAAAUGGAUGAGUAUGUCACUAUCAAGAAGAAGCUUCUCCACAGGCCAGUCUUCAGAUUAAGAUGUCUGGUGAAACAGCUGGAGAAGGGAGAGGUGAAUGUCCUGGACCUGAAGAAAAACAUUGAGUAUGCUGCCUCGGUUCUGGAAGCGGUGUACAUCGACGAGACAAGAAGGCUGCUGGACACUGAGGAUGAGCUCAGUGACAUCCAGACGGACUCGGUGCCCAUGGAGGUCCGCGAUUGGCUGGCCUCCACCUUCACCAGGAAGAUGGGCGUGAUGCGGAGACGGCCGGAGGAGAAGCCGCGGUUCCGGAGCAUCGUGCACGCUGUGCAGGCUGGCAUCUUCGUAGAGAGGAUGUACAGAAGGACUUCAAAUAUGGCUGGGUUGACGUACCCCCCAACCGUGAUCACUACUCUGAAGGAUGUCGACAAGUGGUCGUUUGACGUCUUCGCGCUCCACGAGGCCAGCGGCGAACACGCCCUGAAGUUCCUGGUCUAUGAGCUUCUCACCAGAUACGACCUGAUCAGCCGCUUCAGGAUCCCUGUCUCCUCGCUGGUCUCCUUUGUGGAGGCGCUGGAGGUGGGCUACAGCAAACACAAGAACCCCUACCACAACCUCACCCACGCCGCCGACGUCACCCAGACCGCACACUUCCUAAUGCUCCACACUGGCAUCAUGCACUGGCUCACUGAACUGGAAAUCCUUGCCAUGGUGUUUGCGGCUGCAAUCCAUGACUUUGAGCACACUGGGACAACCAACAACUUCCACAUCCAGACAAGGUCAGAGGUGGCCAUUCUGUACAACGACCGCUCCGUCCUGGAGAAUCACCACGUGAGCGCCGCCUACAGGCUUAUGCAGGAGGACGAGAUGAAUAUCCUGGUAAACCUGUCCAAGGACGACUGGCGGGAGCUGCGCGCCCUGGUCAUCGAGAUGGUCAUGAGCACAGACAUGUCCUGCCACUUCCAGCAGAUAAAGACCAUGAGGAGCAGCCUACAGCAGCCAGAGGGAAUAGACAAGGCUAAAGCGCUAUCUCUGAUGCUGCACGCAGCCGACAUCAGCCACCCCGCCAAGUCCUGGAGGCUGCACUACCGCUGGACCCGGGCGCUCAUGGAGGAGUUCUUCAGACAGGGCGACAAGGAGGCGGAGCUGGGGCUGCCUUUCUCUCCUCUCUGUGAUCGCAAGACCACGAUGAUCGCGCAGUCACAGAUAGGGUUCAUUGACUUCAUUGUAGAACCGACGUUCUCUGUUCUGAUCGACUCAACAGAGAAGAUUAUUACUCCUCUCAUAGAGGAAGCCUUAAGAUCAGGGGGGAGCAGUGUCCGGAGAUCCAGUCUGACCGGCGGGGGGUCAGGGACCGUGGUGGAGUCCGUGCAGAGACACAGCGGCCGGGGGUUGACCUCUGACCAGGGCGCGCCCACAGACUACUCCCUGUCCAGCAUCAACCUGAAGCGAGUGCGCCAUACGCUGGCCGAGGUCAUCCAGCACAACAAGGAGCGCUGGAAGGAGCUGGCUGUGCAAGAGCUGGCGAACAAAGAGCUGGAAUUGUGUGACAAAGAGGAGGCAGGGACAGAGACUAAGAGUGACGUCAGAGAGCUGACGGAAGUCACGCUGACACGGACCAGCUUCGAGAUGCAGAGCGAAUCAGAGUCAAAGUCCCCAAACGAACUGAACAAUACCAGCUCCAAUAACUCUUCCCAGAAUUCCCUGGACCGGGAUCUCCCCUCCCCGUCUGCGGAAGAGGGGGGCGAUUCCCCGCUGUCCAGCUCGGCCGUGCGGACACACAGCUCCGAGCGGCUACCGUGGAAUGGGCAGAGACCGGAGCCAGCCCUUUAAGAACAUGUUCCGAGCCCUCGAUGCCCACUGCCACAGAUUGCUUCCCAGAUAUUACUGUUU